GUUGUUUUGUUUGUCAUCUGAUUCUCAAUGGUUCAGCCUCGGGACAUAUUUCGUGGAAUUGUUCAGAUGCGCCAUUUUGCAAGUUUUACGUGGUAAACUGUUGUGGGAAGCUGGAAAUUGAAAACUGUAGUGUUGAUCGAAGACUUACGUUCGUGUCAGAAUAAACGUUUGUGAUUUCUGAAGGAAUAAUGGAUAUGAGCUCAUAUUUGACGGCCCCUCUGCAGCUAGAUAAGAUUUGCAGAGCAUGUUUGACAGAAAAGGGAGAUAUGAGGCCCUUAUUUGGAGCUUGUUUGGAUGAAAUGCUACAUUCCUUUGCUGCCAUAGAGGUAUCAGAAGAUGAUUCAUUCCCUUCUCUUAUGUGUGUUCAAUGUGUGCUGCAGUGUAGUAGAGCAUACACUUUCAAACAGUUAUGUGAAAGAUCUGACAACAUCUUGAGACAAUAUCUCUCUCCUGAAUUUCAGCAACAACUUGCUCAAUCAUUAUCAGAGCAACAACAACAACAAGCUAAGCAAGAGUUACAAGAACAGCUACAGUUUGCUGAUGAUAUAAGUAAUGUGGUCAUAGAGGAGGAUAUAUCAGAAUUUGUUACUUAUACUGAUGAAGAUCCCAUAGCUGGAAAGGAAGGAAUCUACACCAUAGAAGCUACUACAGAGCCUGACAAUUUAGAUGAAAAUCUACUAGAAGAUAUUAAGGUGCAUAAUGAUAAGCUGAAAUAUCCUUGCCCAAAGUGUAAUUUAGCAUUUGCUUUGAAAGUAGAUUUGAAGGUCCAUAUGAUGGCUCAUCCCAAAGACCUUGACUUUGUGUGUGAAGUAUGUAAUAAAGGAUUUGCAGAAGCAAGGAUUCUGAAACGCCAUCUUAAGAUACAUUUACAGAGUAAACCUCAUCAGUGUGAUCAAUGUGAUAUGUCAUUUACGGAAAGUUCGAAUCUUAGCAAACACAAAAAGAAGCACACCGGAGAAUUAAGGAAUAUCAAAGGCAAACCACAUUUAUGCUCAGUUUGUGGUAGGGCUUUCAAAUGGGCAUCAAGCCUUUCAAAACACAUGAAGUAUCAUACUGGUCACAAGCUGUUGUCUUGUGAAUAUUGUGCAAAGCAGUAUGUUGAGGCUAGAAGUUUGAGAAUUCACGUCAGGUCUCACACAGGGGAACGCCCUUAUGUUUGUGAAGUUUGUCAAAAACGAUUCACUCAAGUAUGUAACUUGGAAAAACAUCUGAGAGUUCACACUGGUGAAAAGCCCUUUCAGUGUCCAGUUUGUGGGAAACGAUUCACCCAAUCUGGUUACGUAGGCAUUCACAUGAGAACUCACACAGGCGCCCGACCUUAUGUAUGUCAGACUUGUGGUAAGGCAUUCGCUGGUUCCAGUACCCUCAAUAUCCACCAGCUGACACAUACCGGUGAAAGGCCCCACAGUUGCAACAUUUGCGGAAAAGCUUUCAGUCGCCAUGAAUCACUUGUCAUCCACACUCGUUUGCACACAGGAGAAAAACCACACGUUUGCAGUGUUUGUAACAGAGGCUUCACAUCCUCGGGUCUACUGUCUGGCCAUAUGAGAACACACACUGGAGAGAAGCCCCAUUCUUGCGAUUCUUGUGGGAAAAAAUUUGCUAGUUCCAGUAGUCUAAAAGUACAUAUGCGGUCUCACACUGGAGAUAAGCCUUAUAUUUGUAAAGUGUGCAAUAGGGCUUUUUCCCAAUCUGGACGCCUAACCCUACAUUUGGCAACACAUUCUCUUGAGGAAAAAACAGGCAUUUCAAAACUCGAGACCGUGCAAGUAGCAGAGUUGAUAACUGCUGACAACCAGACAAUCCAAGUGCAGGCAAUAACUACAAUUUAAAACCUUCCCAAUGUCAUAAGUUUUGUGAAUUGUGUUGUAUUAAAAACUCAACUUUA